AAGAAAGCACCCGUCGUAAAUAAUCACAUGGAGACGUUAUGAACAUUUCCGUUGAAAAUAAACGCUUCGUACUUUGCUUUUUCAACUGUAUUGUGGCCGGUUCUCGUUCAGUCGUUUCUUGAGAUGAAGAACUAAGAAUGGUGUGCCGUUAAACUUACGACCGCGCGUCACGCUGGCCUCUUUUUGUGUGUGAAUGAGUGAGUGGAGGCAUAAAGUGUACUCCGGGCAUCAUGUUCGUGCUGGUGGAGAUGGUCGACACUGUCCGGAUAACUCCGUGGAGCUUUCAGAGACAACUGAACGAGGCCAUAGCGGAGGAGCUCAACAAGAAACUUGCCAACAAGGUGGUCUACAACGUGGGCCUUUGCAUCUGCUUGUAUGACAUCACGAAACUGGAGGACUCCUAUAUUUUCCCAGGGGAUGGAGCCUCACACACCAAAGUUCAUUUCAGGUAUGUCGUAUUCCACCCAUUCCUCGACGAGAUCCUCAUUGGCAAGAUCAAGUACUGCAGCCAGGAGGGGGUUCACGUGUCGAUGGGCUUCUUCGAUGACAUUCUCAUUCCACCAGAGUCGCUCCAGCAGCCGGCAAAAUUCUGGCGCGUCAGCGACGAGGCCGAGCAGGUGUGGCUGUGGGAGUACGAGACGGACGAGGGAGCGCACGACCUGUACAUGGACCAGGGGGAGGAGAUCCGCUUCAGGGUGACGGACGAAGUCUUCGUGGACACGUCGCCCACGGGCCCGGCGGCGGCCACGCCCGACAAGCCGCCGGCGCCGCCCGGCCAGUCCACGGCGCCGCCGGCCGAGGACAGCGGCGAGAAGAAAGAGGCGCCAUACACUCUGAUCGGGACCAUCUGUGAGCCCGGACUGGGGCUGCUGUCGUGGUGGAACAGUUAG